ACACUGCUUGUUUCCAGUUUUGUUUUUUUUAUUAUCCCUUGGUUUUUAAUUGGUUUUCAAUCAAGAAGAAAUCUGUUUCAAUGUCUUCGGAUUACUUCCUUUUUGAUGACCCUUUCUACCUUAAUUCAAGCUCAGACAUGGUCUCCUCAGAUGGAGACCUGCCCUUCCUCCCUGACUCAACCUUCGAUAUUUUUCAGGCAAUUUCAGACAGCCAAAACCAUCAUAACCCAGUUGAUGAAUCUCGCUCCUUUGACCAAUACUCCUCUAGGCUCCUCUCCUCCUCUCCAAGCCAGCAAUUCGAGAGUUUGAACCUUUACCAGUCUACCCAUUUUCAGUGUUUACCGAAUGGUUUGGAUUUGCAAAAUGGGUUUGGGAAUUUGUCUGGCUUGGAGAAUUUGGAGGUAAAAAAUGAGGAAUGCCAAAUGGGUUUCGAGUCUUCUUUCAACCAGACCUUUGCUCCUCACAGUUACAGCGGUGGGGCUGAGAAUGUGGCUAAGUUGAUGCAGAGGAGCUAUAGCAGUAAUUGUUUUGAUGGAAAGCCUGGUUUUCUAUACCAGCCUCGCUUUGAUACUUUCAUGGAAUCCUCAAAUUUUCGGAAACAUGACCUGAGUACUCCUGAAAGAAGCCUUUUCAGCGGACAAAUGAGGAGGGUUUGCAGCACAGGAGAUUUGCAGAAUAUCAAAGCAGCUCAUACCGCCCACAGAUCCUCCUCAAGUCCUUUGGCUAUGGAGAGUUCAUUCAUAGAGGAAGCGAAUUCCAAAGUAGGUCGUUACAGUGCAGAAGAGAGAAAAGAGAGGAUUUCCAAAUACAAGGCCAAAAGAACCCAGAGGAACUUCAGUAAGACCAUUAAGUACGCCUGUCGAAAAACACUAGCCGACAACCGACCCCGCAUACGUGGCAGAUUCGCACGCAACGAUGAAACCGGUGAGAUCCCCAAGGCUGCAUGUUCAACCAGCAUUGAAGACGAAGAUGAUCUCUGGCUCGAGGGGAAGCAUGAAGACAAUGGAACAGUGAGAAUGGGACAGUUUGGGAACACUUUUGGAGCCACACAGAUACAUUACCACGGAUUCCGAUAAGUGGAGGAAUCUUUAGACAGCUUCGGACUACGUGUCCAGAAAAGCCUUUUUUGAGCAAAAUCACUCGAAAAAGGCCUUUUAUUUUAUUUUCUUUUUUCUUUUUCUUUCAUUUCUGAAUAAGUCACCACUUGUUGAUGAGGUUAAAAUGAUAGUUGGGGAAGUUAUAGACUGGCGGGAGGUAGUUUCUGGUCGGGUUUUUUUUUCUUCUUCUCUUUCUUUUUUUCUUUUUGUGCGACAUUUCUCGCGUCAGUAUAUGUAUAUACGGUGACCAGUA